GCCAAUUACAUUUAGACACGAGGGGAACCUACAAUGACUCUGGGCGUACCUGAUCUCUUCUCCUUCAACCCUCUCGUAUCACCGAGCCUCCACCAGUAAGCCACCAAAAACCCUCCCAAACUCUCUUCUUCGCAGUUUCAGACAAGAACAAGAUGGUGAGCAAAAGACAGAGAGAAGCUCGCAAAAGAUAUAAAGCAGAGCACCCUGAACUAUUCCCAAAGCCAGAGCCUACUCCCCCAAAAGACCCGAACAAGAAGAAGAAAAAGAAGAGCAAUUUCAAACGCAGGAAGGUAGAAGAGAAUGACCCAAACAGACCCAUCAAAAAGGGUUUUAAGAAACACCCACUUAGAGUACCUGGUAUGAAGCCUGGUGAAAGCUGUUUCAUCUGUAAAGACAAAGGCCAUAUUGCUAAGCUUUGCCCCGAGAGAGCUCGGUUGGACAAGAAAACGAUAUGUUUGCUCUGCAGAAGACGUGGGCAUAGUUUCAAGAAUUGCCCUGACAAGAACAAUGAAGCUGUAGAGAAGAAAAUGUGUUACAAUUGUGGAGAAACCGGCCAUUCGCUCGCUAAUUGCCCCCAACCUCUUCAAGAUGGAGGAACUAAAUUUGCUAGUUGCUUCAUCUGCAAUGAGACCGGACAUUUGAGCAAGAACUGUCCUAAAAGUACUCAUGGGAUAUAUCCCAAGGGUGGCAGUUGUAGAAUAUGUGGUGGUGUAACACAUUUGGCAAGACAUUGUCCAAACCAAGGCAACAGAGAUUCUGUAGCUGCUGCUACAAAAUUUGAAGAAAGGCCAAGAGUGACCAAAUUUGUGAGUGGGGAUGAUCUUGAGGAUGAUUUCAUGGUCGGUGAAACACAUAGUGGUAAAAAAGAUAAGUUGAGAGAAUUCUCAACCCUUGCGAACGCGGCGUCUGGAAUGGCCGUCAAUGACGAAUGUAAGCUGAAGUUCUUGGAGCUAAAAACGAGGAGGAACCAUCGAUUCAUCAUCUUCAAGAUUGAGAAUCAAGAAGUAGUGGUAGAGAAAGCUGGGAGCCCGGAGGCAACCUAUGAGGAUUUCACCUCUUCUAUGCCUGCUGAUGAGUGCCGCUAUGCUGUCUUUGAUCUUGAUUUCACAACUGAUGAGAAUUGCCAGAAAAGCAAGAUUUUCUUCAUUGCAUGGUCUCCAGAUACAUCAAAAGUGAGGAGUAAGAUGGUGUAUGCAAGCUCCAAAGACAGAUUCAAGAGGGAAUUGGAUGGGAUUCAAGUUGAGUUGCAAGCCACGGAUCCUAGUGAAAUGAGCUUUGAUAUUGUAAAAGCUCGAGCUCUUUGAACUCUCUCAUUUCUUUCCAUUUACACACGAUCUUCUCCUUUACAGUUUUACAUUUUCUGAUGAGAAGCCCAUUUUCUUUUUUUUCUUUUUUGUCUUUUAAUUUUCGUUUUCUUUCUCUUUUAUUUGCAUUGGUUAUAUACCAAACUUGUAAUUUAAUGUAGUAUUAUAUAUUGUUUUGUCUGAUUA